AUGAGACAAGCAUUCCACAAAAACCUCUAUAGAAGCUUCUUGGUUGGAAAGAAAAAGGAGCCUAUCAACAUUUUGCAGUAUGCUAAUGAUACUGUCUUUGUAGGAGAGGCUGUGUGGGAGAAUAUUCAUGUUAUAAAGGCCUUAUUAAGAGGAUAUGAAUUAGCUUCUAGUUUAAAGAUUAACUUUGCUAAAAGUCAGUUUGGGAUAAUAGGGGGUGGAGUCAAUUGGUCUUUGGAAGCAGCCAAUAUUUUGCACUGUCGACAGCUGGAAUAUCCUUUCCUCUAUUUAGGCUUACCUAUUGGGGCUAAUCCUUCUAGCCAGCUGGUGUGGGAGCCUCUCAUUUCUAAAUUCAAGUCUAAAUUAGCCAAAUGGGCUCAAAGAGAUAUAUCCAUGGCUGGGAACUCUCCUCCUCCUCCAUGA